GCCCGGGCAGCGGCUGCUCGCUAGGCUCCCGCGAUCCCGGCCUGGCCGUCUCGCCCCCUCGCCGGCCCCCCAGUCCCUCCUCCUGCGCUCCCUGCCCGCGGGGCUGCGCUCCGGACUCCGGUCGGUCUGCCCCCGUCGGCAGCCGCGGCUCUCGGGACUUGGCACCAGCGCUGGGCCGGCGGGAGCAGCGCAGGCGGCCGGCGGCGGGAGUCGGAGCCGCUAGCCCCUCAGUGUCCUCGGCGCUAGUCCGGCUGGAGCCUCCGGGACCAUGGUGUUGGACCAGGAGGACGGCGUGCCGAUGCUCUCCGUUCAGCCCAAAGGGAAGCAGAAGGGUUGCGCGGGCUGUAACCGCAAGAUCAAGGACCGCUAUCUGCUGAAGGCAUUGGACAAGUACUGGCACGAAGACUGCCUCAAGUGUGCCUGCUGUGACUGUCGCCUGGGCGAGGUGGGCUCCACCCUCUACACCAAGGCCAACCUCAUCCUGUGCCGACGCGACUACCUGAGGCUGUUUGGUACUACAGGGAACUGUGCUGCUUGCAGCAAGCUGAUCCCAGCCUUCGAGAUGGUGAUGCGGGCCCGGGAUAACGUGUAUCACCUCGACUGCUUCGCCUGCCAACUCUGCAACCAGAGAUUUUGUGUGGGAGACAAAUUCUUCCUGAAGAACAACAUGAUCUUGUGUCAGAUGGACUAUGAGGAGGGGCAGCUCAAUGGCACCUUUGAAUCCCAAGUUCAGUAACACCCGGCGCCUGGCCUCCAGGCCCGUCUGUCCAUCUGCCCGCCUGCCCACCCGCCUGGCCGGCCAGCCAGCCACUCUGCCAGUGCAGGCUGGCCAGCCACUCUCCUGCCACAUUAGAACUUCUCCAUCCUCGAUGGGAGGGAUGCCUUUCCUCCUCCACCACCGCCCGUCUGUGUAUGACCCCUCCUGGGGCCAGGCCGGGCCUGUACAGUCUGUCUUCUGUAUAUAAAUGGGAACAUUUAUUUUAUGAGAAAUGUAAUGCGAUUUUAUUACUGGCGUGGAUUAAACUUAUGAAUGUUUCCGGGAGGUUA